ACAGGGGCGCUCUCUUCCGGUAGUAUAAAGAUUGCCACGAGUUAGCUCGCGGAAUCGGAGAGUAUCCAUCUUGAAAAGCAUCCUCCGGGACCUUGCUAAAUUUUAAACGGCGAUCACAAUGUCUGACGACGCUGAGCAGCAAUUCAUGGAGACCUCCGAAAAUGGAAACGAAGCCGAAGAGCUGAAUGGAGCAGAAGAUUCCACAGAACAGCCCGAGGCGGAGGAACAAGAGAAACAGAGUUGCGAGGAAGAGGCUGCGGUGGAGGAAGUGGACGCUCAGAACGGAGCGGCAGAGGGUGGACAGAUAAAUGCAAGCAAAGGCGAGGAUGACGCUGGCAAAAUGUUUGUUGGUGGACUUAGCUGGGACACUAGCAAAAAAGACCUGAAAGACUACUUCUCCAAAUUUGGAGAGGUCACAGAUUGUACCAUCAAGAUGGACUCAAACACAGGAAGGUCACGCGGGUUUGGGUUCAUCUUGUUCAAAGCAGCAGCAAGUGUAGACAAGGUUCUUGAGCAGAAAGAACACAGGCUAGAUGGACGACAGAUAGACCCGAAGAAGGCGAUGGCGAUGAAGAAGGAGCCAGCCAAGAAGAUCUUCGUUGGUGGUCUAAACCCAGAAGCCACAGAGGAGACCAUCAGAGAAUACUUUGGUACCUUUGGAGAGAUUGAAUCCAUCGAACUUCCAGUGGACCCCAAAUUCAAAAAAAGGAGGGGGUUUAUCUUCAUCACGUUCAAAGAGGAGUCCACUGUUAAAAAAUGCCUUGAGAAGAAGUUCCACAAUGUGUGUGGAACCACGGUAACGGAUGGAAAGGAAGGCCUUUGUGAGAUCAAAAUCGCCCAGCCCAAAGAGGUGUACCAGCAGCAGCAGUUUGGAGGCCGUGGCGGCGGCUAUGGAGGAGGCAGGGGAGGCAGGGGCCGUGGUGGCCAAAACCAGUAUGGCAACCAGGGUUAUAAUAACUACUGGAACCAGGGCUACGGCAACCAGGGCUAUGGCUAUGGCGGGCAGCAGGGCUAUGGAAACUAUGGCGCUUACGGCAACUAUGACUACGCUGCUGGAUACUACGGCGGCGGCUACGGAGGGGGUUACGACUACAACCAGGGCAAUACAAGCUAUGGGAAAACUCCAAGACGUGGAGGCCACCAGGGUAGCUACAAGCCAUACUGAUCUCAUGUAGUGCAGGACUCAAGUAAUCCAGAUUUGAGACUGAGGUGUGGCAGAAGUAUGCAGGACUUGAUUCUUUCGUUUGGGAUGACAGACUUGCACUCCACUUGUACAGACCAUCUGAGGAACUGGGGAAGCAAAUGUCACUUUUCCACGUUUGUAUUUUAUCUUUUUUUUUGGUCCACAUUUCCAGAGAUGGAAGUGUAAUUUUUACUGUACUUUUUGGUACCUUUGAAUCUAAUGUAUUGUAUGGUAUUUUACAUGUCGACUGGAUUUACAUGUGAAUCGGAAACUGUCAGAGCUUUUGAAAUAAAGCAAUUUUGAGUAAUUUUUUUCUGGUGUUUCUAGAUUACUUUAUUUUCUGACUCUGCAACUGGCAACGGAACUUUCAACAAGGAAUUCUGUGUGGGAUUGGCGAUCAUGUAAAAGGGAUUUACCUAAAUGUGAAUUCAUUUAAGAUUGUGUAGAGAAUGUCGGCUUGUAGAUGGAAGCAACCAGUAUAUUUUGGAUUCAUUUUAAUUUUGACCUGUGUUAAGUGGCAUUUUAUAGAACAUCUAGUUGAUGCUUAAAGCCUGCAAAAUAUUGCAAGGGGGUUGCAGCCUCUCUGGAAUUUCAUUCCACCAGUGUCUUUGGCAAAUUGUUAGAAAUAAACAUUUUGGUUUAUAA